CUGUGGUCUCAUGAACUCCUGAAACCUUAGUUUAACCCACCAUCUCUCACAGCUGCUAAAUAUUCAGCGUUUUUGUUAGCCUAUCUGAUCAUAAGCCCAGAGAGGAGUUUAGAGCCACUGAUGCUUGUAUGAAGGUCUGGAUCUACCAGAAGAACACUGUAUCCAUCAGAGUGAUGACGAAUGAGCAGAUUUACCAGCCGUCCUGAUUUGAUGUCUGAAAUGAGUCUGGUGAGGACACAUCAGAAAACUCUCGUACUUCCUGGAGCAGCUUCAGAACCGAAUCACAACUCUCACAACCAGAAGCAUCUGCAUCGCCUGCGUCUGGAUGCCCGAGGGUGAGUCUGACACCAAGAGACAAUCAGCUACAGCUAUGAAUAUUGUUUUCAAAAUGCCUCGAUCGUUUCUAGUGAAAAGUAAGAGGGCGGGGCAUCACUCCACACGCUCCGCCCACUCUAAGCAUCAGCAUCAUGAUGGAUGGACGUCCAGCAGUCGCUCUGCGGCUCUGGAGCUGCUGCCCAGCACAUCCACCGAUGGCAGCCGAACCCAUAACAGCACUGAUGGAGCUGGAGCUGAGCCCCAACCCUGGCCUUCAUCCACUGCAGUGAAGCAGCCUGGAGUUUGUCCAUUGUCUAAGCUGUCGUGCCCUGUUGCGAUGGAGAGACAGAGUGAGCUGGAGUGUCUGAUUCAGGCUAUACUCAGUCACCAUCAGCUGAGCAAUGUCCAGACGCCGCUGUGUGAAUGUCCGCUCUGUGAGAAGCUCCUGUCCUCUGCUGUGGGUUUGGCAUCGCACUUGUGCAAGUCACAUGUCAACAGGGCUGCUCUCCCAUUGGCUGACUCCCCGGGCCAUGUCCAACAGCCUUAUGGUUACAGACCUACAGGAAUACUGAGGGUGAAAGAGAGGAGUUUUGGUUGUAAGGUUUGUGGGAAGGUGUUUAAGAGGUCGUCGACUCUCUCCACACACCUGCUCAUUCACUCGGACACGCGGCCGUUCCCAUGUCCCUACUGCGGAAAGAGAUUCCACCAGAAAUCUGAUAUGAAGAAACACACGUUUAUACACACAGGUGAGAAGCCUCAUGUGUGCGUGGUGUGCGGUAAAGCGUUCAGCCAGAGCUCCAAUCUGAUCACUCACAGCAGGAAACACAGCAGCUACCAGCCAUUCAGCUGCUCGCACUGCCCACUCAGCUUUCAGAGGAGACUGGACCUACAGCGCCACCUACAGACACACUUGCAGAACGACAGCACACUGUACCAUGGGACCUGAGAGAGACCAGCUGCACUCAAACACCUUGGGUGGCUUAAUGUACAGGGGUCGUAUUAUAUUUUACCCAAAAGUCCACUGUAUAAGGUUAAUGAAAAAUAUCUGCACCAAAACAAACGUGUGCUUAUGUAUAUCUCUACCUUGAUUGCACACAAUGCAUUGUGAAAUAUGUCAACACAUAUUACUGUAGAUUUAUAGCUUCAGGACGUAUGAUUGGCUGCUCAUGGUUGUGAUGUCAUAAUCAUGGAACGUUUUGUUUUAGAACAUUUCAAGGGAACAAUAAUCACUCUAUGUAUAUGAUAUGGCAUUUAAUAUUAAACGCAGUAAUGCAACAGAUUUAUAAGAACAUCACUCUCUUUGUGAAAGUACAAGUAUCUCUGUAUUCUCAAGCUCUCAGCAGAAGUUUAUCUUGUUUUAAAGUAGGGUGAAGUCAGCAAAAGUGGGACACUUUUUGGUAAACUGUGAUUUAAAUACAAAUAAAUAAAUUCUACCAACACAUGCUUUAAA